AUGAGGAGGAGUUUAUAUUUGGAUAAUACGAUCGAAUUUCUAAGAGGUAGAGUUUAUCUAGGUGCCUAUGAUUAUACACCAGAGGAUACAGAUGAGCUCGUUUUCUUCACAGUAGAAGAUACGAUUUUUUACAACAGUUUCCACCUAGACUUUGGGCCCAUGAAUAUUGGUCAUUUAUACAGAUUUGCUGUUAUAUUCCAUGAAAUUUUGAAUGAUCCCGAUAAUACGAAUAAAGCGGUUGUUUUCUAUUCUUCGACUUCAACGAGACAAAGGGCGAACUCAGCAUGUAUGCUAUGUUGUUAUAUGGUUUUAGUUCAGGGAUGGACACCACAUCAAGUUUUACAACCGCUAGCACAAGUGGAUCCGCCAUUCAUGCCAUUCAGAGAUGCAGGUUAUUCAAAUGCCGAUUUUGAAAUUACCAUUCAAGAUGUAGUUUAUGGAGUCUGGAGAGCAAAGGAAAGAGGUUUAAUUGAUUUGCAUUCAUUUAAUUUAGAAAAUUAUGAAAGGUAUGAACAUGUGGAAAAUGGUGAUUUAAACGUUUUAACCCCGGAUUUUAUUGCAUUUGCAUCCCCACAAGAAGAUUCAAGGCUUAUAAACAGUAAUACUGUGUCAUCCAAAUCUCAUUUAAAUCAGGCAUUUCGUAGCGUUCUGAAAUUUUUUGCCAAUAAUAACAUUCAAUUGGUGGUUAGGCUCAAUUCUCCCCUGUACAAUAAGAAGCAUUUCGAGGAUGUGGGGAUACAACAUUUAGAUAUGAUUUUUGAGGACGGAACUUGCCCGGACCUUUCCAUUGUACAAAAUUUUGUUGGUGCUGCAGAGACAAUUAUUAAAGGUGGAGGUAAAAUAGCAGUACAUUGUAAAGCUGGAUUAGGCAGAACCGGAUGUCUGAUAGGUGCACAUUUGAUUUAUACCCAUGGAUUUACCGCUAACGAAUGUAUUGGAUUCUUAAGGUUUAUGAGACCAGGGAUGGUUGUAGGACCUCAACAGCAUUGGCUCUAUUUACACCAAAAUGAUUUCAGAGAAUGGAAAUACACAAUGAGAUUAUCAUUAGUACCUAAUGAUAUAAUCGGUAACCUUUACCCUCUGGUUAGUUUCGACAAGUAUCGUUCGCAAAAAAGAAGACUUAAGGAUGAAAGAAGGCAUAGAGUCUAUAGAGAUGGGGAUGAGAAUGAAGCAAAGGAUUUGGCAAUGACACCACCGAGUCCCAAAAAGAUUCCUACAAACUUUGGGGCAGCAGCGGUUCCUCAGAAUUCGCCAGGUCAACCAAGAAAGGGUCAAAACGGAACUAAUACCAUUGAAGAGCUUCAAAGGGCGAAAGCUAAGAGAUUGGGUACACGUCAUGCACAAGCUAUUGCCGAUAACAAUUCUGAUGAUGAUAUGAUGCAACAGGACGAUACCACCAGCGCCAAUAGUAAGGUGCUCAACGAUGUGGAUAAAUCUGCACAAUUCGAAGAUGGUGAUGAGGAUGCACUUCUCAGACAGCUACUACCUAAAAACAAGCGUAUCAGUUCUGGUAGAAGGACUGCAAGUGCCACCGGUGGUGUACGUAAGAUCAGUGGUACUUCGAAAAAACUAUAG